AUGGAUUUCUCAUGUUUCCAAGAAUACCCUUUUGAUCUCCAUUGCAGAGGAGCAUUUAAUGGGUUUGUAGAAAACAAUGCAAUGGAAAGAAAGAUGCAGAAAGAGAGUGAUGAGUUGACGAAGAAGAAGAGAAAGAAGAGCGGCUCUAGGGCUUGUAGUAAAGGACAUUGGAGAUUUUCUGAGGAUUCUCAGCUCAUGGAGCUUGUUAAAGUUUAUGGUCCUCAGAACUGGAACUGCAUUGCAGAGAAGAUGCAAGGAAGAACAGGAAAGAGUUGCAGAUUGAGGUGGUUUAACCAGUUAGAUCCGAGGAUCAACAAGAAAGCUUUCAGUGUUGAGGAAGAAGAGAGGCUACUUGCAGCUCACAGAGCAUUUGGUAACAAAUGGUCUAUGAUUGCUAAGAUUUUCAAUGGAAGAACAGACAAUGCCUUGAAGAAUCACUGGCAUGUCCUCAUGGCAAGAAAGCUGAGGCAGCAAUCAACUUCUUACAUCAGGAGAUUCAAUGAUUCUGCUCAUGAACUCAACACAGAUCACAAAAUCUUCAAUCUUUCUCCUGGUAUUGUAGAUGAUGAAGAUAUGAAUCUGGAAAAGUACAGCUGGAAAAUGCUAAAAGAAGGAAGAACGAAACUGAAAGCUGAGUAUCUCCAAGAAGAGUAUUGUUCUUCGCGCAUGCCAAUGCAGGGCCCGCACCAUCACUACUCAACCUCCCCUGCAGAUUCCUUGGCACUGACACUGCAUGUCUCCAUCCCAGAACCAUCAUCAUCAUCAUUGUCAUCAUCACCAUCGUCGUCGUCAUUAUCACUGCCAUUAUCAUCUACAGGUAAUAAUACAACGGUGAGCAGAUACUUUGAGACAAUCAAAGCUCCAGCAUUUAUAGAUUUUCUUGGAGUAGGCCACCAAAGCCCCAACAUUUAG